AUGCGACGUCCGAAAAUUUCGCUGAAGAAAUAUUUCUACUUUACGCUGAUCUGUGCGCUGCUUCUAAUCUUCGGGUUCAAUCUCAAGGAGAAGGAGAUAUGGAAGUCGGGAAUCACGCGACCCGCUCUAACGCCCGCAGCGUCGCCGCUGCACCAGCAGCGACGUGAGAUUAGUUCAAAACAGGUGAAGACUUCGUCUUUGGUGGAUGCCACAGUGAUAUAUGCUUCAGCGCCGCCAGCUUCGCCUGACUCCCUGCCCGACCCAGCUGAGUCACAGCCACAGCAGCUGGAGGCCGAGGGCGAGGAGGUGGAGGCAGAGGCGGAGUCCGAUACUGCAGCCGAUAAGCGCGCUGAACCAGCGCCCACUGCCAAGCCCUGGUUCUUUCGCAAUGGCGAAUACUACCCGAAGCCGGCGAAGACCUUCAGCAAUCGCAAGGCCCGCAAGCAGCAUGCCCCCAAACUAUUCCCACACCAGGAUCCGCACAACGACCGCGUCAUCAAUCAGCUGAUGUACGUGCCACACAACUACGAUCAGAUCAAGGCGAGUGGCAAGCUGAAAACCAUCCUGCUCUACAACGGACUGGGUCCGUGGAAUGUGAAGAAGGGGCGAGAGGUUUUCCUGCGCUCCAAGUGCCCCGUGGACACCUGCGAGCUGACUGCCAAUAGGGAUCUGGCCAGCGUGGCAGACAUGAUACUAUAUAAGGAUAACUACAUUCCAACGGGCAUACGCCGGCCCAGCAAUCGCAAGCAGGUGACCAUGAUGUACUACCUGGAAUGUCCCUACCACACACAGAACGUCAAGGUGCCAGACGCCAUCAACUGGACGGCCACAUAUAGACGCGACAGCACUGUAAUGGCGCCCUAUGAGAAGUGGCAAUACUAUGACACGAAGCUGCAGCAGCAGGAGCAGGAUCACAACUAUGCACUGAACAAAACGAAAAAGGUUGCCUGGUUCGUCUCCAAUUGCGGAGCACGCAACGGCCGACUGCAGUACGCACACGAGCUCCAAAAACACAUUGAGGUGGAUAUCUAUGGUGGCUGUGGCAAUUUCAAAUGCCCCCGGAGCACCGCUGACAAGUGCUUCGAUAUACUGGACAACGAUUACAAGUUCUACUUGGCAUUCGAGAACUCCAACUGCAAGGAUUACAUCACGGAGAAGUUCUUUGUGAAUGCACUGAAUCGCAAGGUGUUGCCGAUUGUGAUGGGCGCCCGACCCGAGGAUUACGAGGUGAGUGCUCCGCGGCGGUCCUAUAUACACGUGGACGAGUUCGCCUCGCCCCGAGAGCUGGCCGAGUACCUGCACAUUCUCGACAAGGAUGACGAGCUCUACAACUCGUACUUCAAGUGGAAGGGCACCGGCGAGUUCAUCAAUACGUACUUCUGGUGCCGCGUCUGCUCCACGCUCCACAACGAGGAUCAGCUGCGUAAGUCCAGCUGGUACUCGGACAUCAACGAAUGGUGGCGGGGUCCUGGGGUCUGCACCUCGGGCUCGUGGCGCAACUUCAAGGCGCGCAUGGACGUGAUUAGCGAUGAUUGAGGGGGUGACGUGGUCCAGAUAGUGGACGGCGCAGGUGUCUUUACAUAAUCAAAAUCCAAUACGUGUGGCUAUACAGUAUAUUGUUGUUGUUUUUGUAGAAAUCUGUUUGUACUGUAUUGUAAGAAACGAAGCAAAGACAAGCAAGCAAGCACUCCCCUUCGCUUUUAACGAAGAACCGAAACAAAUUGGUUUUCUAGCUAGAACUAAGUGCUUCACAAAAAUAUGUAUGUAUGUAUAUGUAUUUAUAUAUAUAUAUAUUCACAUGCAUGAGCAAAUCGAAAAUCAAACGAGCAUGGGGCAAAAGCCUCGGUAUAAAUCGAGGAAUAAACAUGUUCCUUCCAGGAUUGAGAGAAAACGCUUAUGGAUAGUCAGAUGCAAGGAGACAGAGACAAGCGCAUAGAAACUAGCCUAUAUAUAGACUAAAGAUCCCGCGAAGAUCAUUUGUAACAUAUACAAUACGAG